GUCGACAAUACUGUAUACUAUUGGAUGGAUUUCGUUGUACUUUUCUGCAGAGAUGUGGCACGUCUUUCUUAGUUUAUCCCUGCUUGGGUUAGUUGCUGGACUUAGCGAGGCACCUGUUAUGGCGUACGUUGCUGAAAUAACGGAACCCCACUUGAGGGGAAUCUUGUCGACGUUAUCACCACUGGCGGUCGUUUCUGGAGUUUUUGCGCAGUUCGUCAUUGGUGGCUUUUUACACUGGCGAAUUGUUGCACUGAUAUCAUGCGCGGUUCCAAUCUUUAACUUUUUUUGUUUACUUGCGAUGCCCGAGACACCGUAUUGGUUAUUGUUCCACAAUAAGUUGGAGGAAGCCCGAAAAAGUCUGGCGUGGGUCAGAGGCUGGACGACAGUUGAAGAUGUAGAACAGGAGUUGAGGGAAAUGGAACAAUUCGUCAAGGAAAAAUUAUGCCGUGUCGACCACCAGACUAAAGAUGGUGGUAAGCGACUUUGCGAGAAGUAUUUCCGGAAGAAUUUCUUGUGGCCCUUUUCUUUAAUUACUGUGUUAUUUUUUAUUUUGUGUUUUAGUGGUGUGCUAAUGUUACAAAUCUAUGGUGUGGUUAUUUUUGCCACAUUGAAGGUACCUAUGGAUAAAUAUUACGCAGAAAUGCUAAUGGGUUUGUCCCAACUCUUAGGAAGUAUGGCUAGUGUCUUUGCCGUUCGAAUUUGUGGAAAACGCGUUAUGGCAUUUGUAACUAUAGGCGGAUUAUUUGUUCUUAACUUCUGCUUCGCAACUUACGCAUAUGUGGCAAACAUAGAACGUCUAGAUUUUGCUGGCGUAGAUACAUCCUCAUCAUCAUCAUCAUCGGAAUAUAUGGCGUGGAUCCCCCUGGUUCUUGUAAUUUUAAUAUCAUUUGUGGGUCACUGUGGGCCUAGGGUAUUACCUUGGAUUAUGAUGGGAGAGAUCUUCUCAAAUUAUAUGCGCGCCGAGGGUUGUGCGUUCACUGGCUGUAUGUACUACAUACUAUUUGCUGCAGCAUCAAUGGGGUAUUUGAACAUGAUAUCAACAUUGACAUUCUCAGGUGUUUAUUGGACCUAUGCCGGUGUAUGUUUUUUUGGAAUUGUUUUUGUAUACUACUAUGCUCUACCCGAGACAGAGGGAAAAACAUUAGUAGAUAUUUCGCAUCAUUUCAGUGGACAAGAAAAGUUAAGCAAUAAGGUGAACAGAAAAAGCAUUUCAGCGCCCUCCCCUUCAUCAGCACUAGGACCGGUCUAA